GGCUCUGAUUGGGCAGAGGGCACGUCAGUCAGGGGCUCGGUGCCCUCAGGCGGAAGCGUCUCGCCCGGAGCGGGCACUCAGGAGCUGCUGUUGAUGGAAGAGUCCAGGACAGAGUGCUGGGACAGCGGGGCAGAGUGAGCCGAGCCUGGGGCAGAGUGAGCCGAGCCCGGGGCAGUGACAGCCGUGCCCAGGGCACUGUGGGCUGUCCCCAAGGCAGCGACAGCCGUGCCCAGGGCUCUGUGGGCUGUCCCCAGGGCAGUGACAGCCGUGCCCAGGGCUCUGUGGGCUGUCCCCAGGGCUCUGUGAGCUGAGGCCAUGGCAGGGUUCCUGGACAAUUUCCGCUGGCCGGAGUGCGAGUGCAUCGACUGGAGCGAGCGCCGCAACGCCAUCGCCUCCAUCGUGGCCGGGGUGCUGUUUUUCACAGGCUGGUGGAUCAUGAUCGACGCUGCCGUGGUCUAUCCCAAGCCGGAGCAGCUGAACCACGCCUUCCACACCUGCGGGGUCUUCUCCACCCUGGCCUUCUUCAUGAUAAAUGCUGUAUCAAAUGCACAGGUGAGAGGAGACAGCUACAGUGAUGGAUGCUUAGGAAGAACAGGGGCUCGGAUCUGGCUCUUCAUCGGCUUCAUGUUGAUGUUUGGAUCCCUCAUUGCUUCCAUGUGGAUUCUCUUUGGAGCAUAUGUCACACAGAACACUAAUGUGUACCCUGGAUUAGCAGUGUUUUUCCAGAAUGCAUUAAUAUUUUUCAGCACCCUGAUCUACAAGUUUGGGAGGACAGAAGAGCUGUGGGGCUGAGCUCCCUUGCCCACAGCUGCCACGUGGCUCUCGUGUGUAGAUAACUCACAGCCCCUUGUCCUUGGUUUGCUUCCCAGCCUGGCGGGACUGAGACAAUUCCAGGCUCUGUGUGAGGCCCUCCCGUGCCAGGACACACUUGUGAAUGUGUGCACAGGACAGGAUCUGUCCUUUCCAAGGGGAGGGCAGGCUGCCAGCCUUCCCUGCUCAGGCUCCAGCUUCCUCCUGCAGCUUCUGCUCCACAGCUCCACCCGUGUCCAGGCUUCUGUGAACAGUAGUGAGCAACCAGGACAGAGCCAGCCCAGCCCUGCUGGGCUCAGAGCCGAUUUUAAACAUUUUAUAUUAUUGUUCAGGUAAAAAUAAAGUAGAUUUUUUUUUCUUCUUUUGGUAAAAGGUUAUGGGUUUUUAAGCAAGUCCCUACACUCAGCAGGUUGUGCAUGGCAAAGCAAAGUAUUCCUGACUUGUGAUGGCUCUGGCACAAAGGACAUUUGCUGGCACCACAGUCCUUGGAAUUAAUUUCAUGCUGCUCAGUGUAAGAGAUACCAGUUGGUAUUUAAUGUAUUUCCUGAUAUUAGAAUAAAAAAACUCCAACAAACUGAUGCCAGUUGUACUUGAUAUGGAGAAUAAAUGAGUCAGAGCAGUGUCUUGCUACUCAUGCCAGUGGCACUGUCUCCAGGGGCAGCUGUUUGCUGAUAAAUCAGUUUUCCUGACCUGUUCCCUCUCUGAUUACAAAGUGAGGUAUGGAUGGAUUCAUUGCUCACAGUCCAAGCUUGUAAUAAUUUCAAGUUUCAAUAAAUUCUAGGAGUGACUCACACCCA